CGCUACAAAGCAGGGUCGUCUUGAUUUCUCAACGGAAUCCAUCUCUCCCUCCCAAAACAAACAAACCCAGAAGCUUAGAGAAGAUAUGUCACAACUCCCUUAACCUCUCUCCUCAACUAACUCCUUCUCUCUCUCCGCCAUGGACUCUAUUCCCAGAUCCCGCCAAGCCCUAGAACCCGGAUCCGGCGGGAAGAUUGUCCGAACCCGACGACCCGCUCGCACUCGGACUCCCUACGACCGCCCUAAUUUCACCGCCAAUCCUCCUCCUCCUGAAAACCCUAAUUGGCUCGCCAGGUUCAUUUACUCCCCUACUCGCUCCAUCGUCUCCGGCGCCGGGAAGGUCCUCUCCUCUGUCUUCCGCUCUGAUUCCUCCUCCUCCUCCUCUUCUUCAGAGAUUGGUAGCGAUGAUGAAGAAGGUGAUGAUGAUUAUGUUUCUUCUCAAGAAGAUGAUGGAUUGAACAAGAGAAAUGGGACAUCAGAAACACUAUUCAGGCAGGGGGAAACCAAGCAUGCAAUUGAGCAGCUGCUGAGGCAGGAGACCUUCUCAAGGGAAGAGUCUGAUAAGUUAAUAAAGAUUAUUAAAUCGAGAGUCAUAGCCACCACUGAAGAUGCAGAAAAUACCAGACCAAAUAUGGAUGCAACCGAUCUUUCUGCCACAGCUGUUUCAGAGGCCAAAAAGUGGGUGAUGGAGAAGAGGUUGGGAUCGGCUUCAAAGUCAGAGUUAGGUCAUGGAACAAUACUGUUUCCACAAGGUGCUGAAGAUGAUGGUGGUUCCCCAGUAGAUGUGGCCAAAUCGUACAUGCGGGCACUACCUCCAUGGGCAUCUCCAAGUCAGCAUGGAGAACUGCGAUCUACAUCACCUCUAGGGUUGCAACUCUUCAAUGAAGAAACCCCAUAUUCAAUUGGUGGAACUUCUGUCACAUCCAAGCCAAAAAGGGACGCCCCUGCUACUGGGUCAUGGAAUAUCCAGGAGGAAAUACGAAAAGUGCGUACUAAGGCAACCGAAGAAAUGCUCAGGUCUCUACCUUCCUCAAAAAUUGAUUGGUCUACGUUUUCUCUGGAAAACAAAAGCACUUUGAACUCUCUGCCAGAUGGAAAGCAAGAAUCUAAUUUGGGAGUUAUGGGGAAGACACAAGAUGGGCUGCCAAAAGAAGCUUUGGCUGGUGGGACUGAACAGUCGAAUGCAAUUGCAGGAGAAACCAUACAAUUUGUUCCAGAUUCAGAGGUGCAUGACCAAACCUAUUCUACAACACAAAAAGAAGUGACUGCUCAUACCACUAAUGGCUUCCCUUCUUCAGCUCCGAGGGGAGAAACUACUGUGCCAAAUGGAGGAAUAAAUCAGGUCAGUUCAAGUCAUGAGAAGAUAGUUACAACUCUUCUUGUGGAGGAAACCUAUGAGCUUGAGAAGGACCUAUCCAGGAAUAAUGAAAUGGAUAUUGAUGGUGCAACUGGCCCUGAUUCUAUGCCUUUAAAUGAAACCAGUGUCGAGGCACCGAAUGUGAAUGAAAAUGAUAUAAAUGGCACAAAGGAGAACGACAGUGCUGCAAGUGGCUCCCAAAACAGUUCAAGUAUGCCGGAUGAGUUAUCACAGGAGCUGACCCAGUCUCAGCCAAAAUCAAAUAACACUGUGGUGGCCAAGGAAGAGGGUGUUGUUGAGAAGCCAAAGGCAAAAAGACUCACCAGAUACAACAGAAGAGGCAGAUCACGGGGAAAUAUCGGCAAAUGACAGCUAAAAUGCACCUAUGUAUCUUAGCCUGUAACUUAUUGUACACUAGUCAUUGUAAUCUGGGAAAUUAAUUUCUUUUUCUUGUUCUCUAUCAGUGAGGUAGGAACUACUGUUGGGUAUUUAACUAUUUAUGCUGCCGAUUUAGUCCUUGUUAGCAAAACUUAAGUUGGAUACCGUAAGCAUUCUCCAGAAGUAGAAUUUGCAGAAUUGUGUACUUUGACAACCCCAUUGUAGGUUUGGGUUUAACAUUAUGUGAAAUAUUCUUCUAAUUGGGUUCUAACUCAUCAAUCUUCUCAUUUUGCAUGUACAGUAUUACGUCGUUUCUUAAUUUGAGGCUAACAUCUUUUGAGUCAA